AUGAAAACGUUAACUUUAUAUUUAAAAAUUACUACAUUCCUUCUUUUAAUUUGGAUGUAUCAAUGUUUUUAUAACUGUAAUUCUUAUAAAACUUUGAUUGAUAAAAAUAUACUGGAAGCAAAAAAUGAGUUAAAAUAUGAGAGAUUAUUAGCAGAGGGUGACAUAGCAGAUAAAAAGCAAACUAAAGCUGAAGGAGGCCUAGAAGAAUGUGCAUUAGAGAGUGAAAAAAACAAAUCUAAUAAUUCAGCUCAAUACAAGAAUCCGUGUGAUCCACGUCAUGGAGUCAAUACUCCAUCAUUGUGGGAGAAUUUUGAUAAAAAAGCAAAAGAAAUGGACCCUAAAUUGAGAGACCAAGAAUUGAAUAUUGAAUUGAGUAAAAUUUCACAUGACAAUGUUAAUCCAUUUUCAAAAAUUUAUCAACGAAAUAUUCCAGAUGAAGGAAGAGAAAUAUUAAUUCUUAGUAAUACGCAAGGUCACUCAGAAUUAAAGAAAUUAUUAGACGUAUUUAAGAAAGAGAUGAGAGACAAUAAAACAGAAUCCGAAUCUAAGAACGAGUAG